ACGUUUGGCAGGUUGGCAGUUGAGUUGACUUGACCUGCAAUUUGUGAUUGUGGAUUGUCGAACGAAAUUGAUAAGUUUGUUUUGUCUCCAAAAAUAUGGUCCUCAUUUUAUAAAUUUCAAACAACCAUGAGAAAGGAAAUCUAUGACAAAAACAUACAGUUGUAAAUUAUGAUGUGAAUAUCGCUUAAAUACUAUGGAAGACUGGAGGGUUGUGUAGUAAAAAUGCGAAGUGGUACACUGGGAUCUCGUGUGGAUAGUUCACGGUGAAUUCAGAGGUUUUGUAGAAGAACCGUAAAAUUUUCACGGAGGAAUUGUUACAUGUACGCAGCGGGAAUGACAAUAAUGGCAGUUUCUGUUGGAGAAAUAUGCGAGAAUACGAAGUUGGCCCGGGAAAUGGCUCUGAUGGGGAACUACGAGUCAGCGCUCGUGUAUUACGAGGGGACGGUGCAGAUGAUCCACAGGCUGUUGAUCACCAUCGCAGACCCCACGCGGAAGUCCAAGUGGCAAUUGGUCCAGAAGCAAAUGGCGCGCGAAUACGAGCAGCUGAAGGCGACGGUAGCCACGCUGCAGAUGUUCCAGCACGAGGGAGAGAAGGCCAUCACACCCCUGGCGGGCAACUACGAGGACCUGCCGACGCGGGACCAGAUAUGGGCGCCGGCGCCGCACGAGAUCGACCCCGACAUAUGGCCCCCGCCGCCUGACCGGGACCCCAACGCGUGGCCCCCGCCCACCAGCGUCGAACACAAAGGACCCCCCGCCAUGAAGUCAGCCCGCAACAACCCCCGGACCGCGCGCGCGGACCCCAAGAAGACCACACAGCGGACCGCCACCACCUCGCAGCGCAAGACCUCUGAUGUUAGGAACCCCAAGCUCGCCGCCAACAAGGCGCAUAGUGCAAAAACAAAAGACACAAGCAGUAAAGACACACACAACAACGGCGGCAAGGACAAGCAGGACCGCGACAACAACAACGGCGACACCGACGACGAGAAACACAAGGAGGAGGAGCGCCGCUUCGAGCCGCCCUGCGCCGCCGACGGAGACCUCGUCGAUAUGCUCGAGAGGGACAUCGUACAAAAGAACCCCAACAUUCGGUGGGACGACAUCGCGGACCUGACCGAAGCCAAGCGGCUGCUCGAAGAAGCCGUAGUCUUGCCUAUGUGGAUGCCAGAUUUUUUCAAAGGCAUCCGGCGGCCGUGGAAAGGCGUGCUGAUGGUGGGCCCGCCGGGCACGGGCAAGACGAUGCUGGCCAAGGCGGUGGCCACGGAGUGCGGGACCACCUUCUUCAACGUGUCCUCGUCAACCCUCACGUCGAAGUACCGCGGCGAGUCGGAGAAGCUGGUGCGGCUGCUGUUUGAGAUGGCGCGGUUCUACGCGCCGAGCACGAUCUUCAUCGACGAGAUCGACUCGCUGUGCUCGCGCCGCGGCUCCGACAGCGAGCACGAGGCGUCGCGCCGCGUCAAGUCCGAGCUGCUCGUGCAGAUGGACGGGUUAGGAUCCGCCACCGAUGAGCCCAGCAAGGUGGUGAUGGUGCUAGCGGCAACCAACUUCCCUUGGGACAUCGACGAGGCGCUGCGUCGGCGCCUCGAGAAGCGCAUCUAUAUCCCGCUGCCCACGCAGGAGGGACGCGAGGCGUUACUACAGAUCAGUCUGAGAGAAGUCAAGCUGGAUGCCGAUGUUGACCUGCGGCAGGUCGCCAAGAAGCUGGAUGGCUACUCCGGAGCUGACAUCACCAACGUUUGCAGGGAUGCAUCAAUGAUGUCGAUGCGGCGAAAGAUCGCCGGCCUCAAGCCCGAGCAGAUCAAGCAACUCGCGAAGGAAGAACUUGACCUGCCGGUCACCAAGCACGACUUCAUGGAGGCUCUGUCGAAGUGCAACAAGUCGGUGUCCAAGGGCGACAUACAGAAGUACCUCGCCUGGAUGGACGAGUUCGGCUCCUCCUGAUUGUAGCGAGCGCCGCGGCCGCUCGCUCGACUGCCCGUCGACCCGCCAUACACCACACUCGACCAAUACCGGGAACGUUCAGCAUUUAUAUUUAAAUUCAUGUCGACUGCCAGCACUAUCUGAUACUGAAGAGCAACGCAAACGUGGUCCUCGCCAGACGGUGUUUGAUACAAAAACAUUGCAGAUUUCUGUUCGAAAUGUGAUAAUGACGUUUUGGCUUAAUAUUUUAAUGGAGGUUAAAUGACUACCGUGUGGUUAAUGUUAAACGAUGAUUGCCUUAAUUAUUAUAGAUUACGCGUAAAUUUGACUAUUUCAGUAUUAAUACAUAAAUUAAAGUAUACAUUGAUAGAGGCAUAUCGAAAUUUUAUAAACUUGACUGUAACAGCUUUGAACGAAGUAGAGGAACGAUACUGUUUGGAUUACUUGUAAAUAGGCUUCAAUCUGUUUAUUAGUCUGUUGGUAUUUUACAUGGAGAUACUAUUUUUACAUGCAAUGUUAGUGAUAUGAAAGUAAUAUUCUAUGCACAACACAAACUUGUAAUAUAAAUACUUCAAUACAGAUGUUCAACUCGAACGAAGGUGUUUGCCAGAUCUGUCAUCACAUUUUGUUACUUUUUAUUGAAGCGCCGUGAUCUUUGUACUUAAAUUAGGUUUAAUCGAAAUAUUUAGUUUAGAUAUAAUUUUAUGCCAUAACUAAUUUAUAUGUACGUUUUUUAUAGAUUUAUAUUAAAAGGAAAAUAAAACAAUAUUGUUACUUUAAUAAUAAAUUUUAUUUGGCAUUUAUUGUAGUAUUUCGCUCAAUUAAAAUUUAAAGGGACUAUUUUGCGAUUUAAAUGUUUGUUAAAAGGAAAUUGUGUAGCAUGAUUAAAAUAUGGUCAAUUUUAAAUUAAUGGUUAGUACCUACCUAAAUCCACCUACUUGCAUGUACCUACCUACUUACUGCUUCCAAUGGAGGUUGGGUUACCCCAUUUCUAUUUUAGUAUAUAGCAAUAGAUGUGUUCAUCAUUCAUCAGAUUUUUAACACAGUAUUGUACCAGAUGAAAUAAUAAUAUUGGUCUAACGAUUUAAUUGUAAAGAUAAUAAUAUUUUUGCAAGCAUGUUAACAAAUCUCGUGUAACGAAAGUGGAAAUAAAACAAUUUUAUUCA